AUGAGCCUGGAUCGCCUGGAUGCCAAGACUGCGGGACUCCUUCAGUACCUGAAGCGCAGGACCAUCGAUGUCGCCAGCGCAUCUACCUUUGAUUGCUUGGGCCUGGAGUUGUCGAGCCAGGCCUUUGGUGAAGACAUUCUGAAGGAGAGAAGGUUGCGUUUGAUGACCAAGGAUGCCAACGCGCAUGCCAACGCGCAUGCCAACGCGCAUGCCAACGUGGAUGCAGUGGGCUCCAUGGCGAGCCAGGUUCUCUUCGACUCCCUCGCGCUUGACGGGACCAGCUUCCAGCGGCGAAAGAACCGGUCUCAGCGCAUCGCGGGCGGGCGCAGUACGCAGUGGCUACGGCGAGCUGAGGGCCCCGAGGGCCAAGAUCUCCGACCCCGCGGCCUGGGCGGGGGCGCCAGGGGCGCCAGGCGCUGGCUUGCAACGACGCCUCCAACGCUCGCGUUGCAAGGCCACCAUGUCUAG